AGAAAAAAAAAAGUGAUACCAUUUAGUUACUAAUUCCUACUAGUUAAGUAGUCCUAGUCCAAGAUUCCUGGUACUUGUACAGAGAUUGCGGGGGAGGUGUAAGUAACAACUCCCUGUCUUUCUCGCAAUCAACGAUCCGGCACGGAUUGGACCAAUCUCUCUCCCAUGUUCCUUUUACUUUCAAACUAAAAAAGGGGCUUUAGAGAGAUGGGAGAGUCUUCCACCAAACCUUCCGGUUACAAAGAGUACGUUGCGGGCUUGCUCGCUGGUGUUGCCACCGUCGUAAUCGGUCACCCCUUCGAUACUGUCAAGGUGAAGUUGCAGAAACACAAUACUGAAGUGCAAGGGAUUAAAUACAGGAAUGGCUUGCAUUGCACUGCUAGGAUACUUGCAACUGAAGGGGUUAGAGGACUUUAUACAGGGGCAACAUCAUCUUUUGUUGGAAUGGCUUUUGAAAGUUCGCUUCUUUUUGGCGUUUAUUCACAAACAAAACAGUUACUGCAGGGAGGAGUUCAGAGUAGUGGGCCGCAGCCCCAAGUAAUAAUUCCUUCUGCUGCUUUUGGUGGAGCUAUUAUCAGUUUUGUUCUAUGUCCAUCAGAGUUAGUGAAGUGUAGGAUGCAAGUCCAAGGUACUGAUUCCUUGGUCCCAAAGUCCAGUAGCUACAGUAGUCCUCUUGAUUGUGCACUUAAAACCAUAAAAAGUGAUGGGGUUACAGGCAUCUUUCGUGGGGGCUCUACAACAUUGUUAAGAGAAUCUCUUGGAAAUGCUGUCUUUUUUAGUGUAUAUGAAUAUGUCCGCUAUUAUAUGCACUUAAACACUGGUUCAUCUUACCAUAGCCAGUUGACUGAUAUGGGAAUUGGAAUUUUGAGUGGUGGUCUGGGUGGUGUAGCUUUUUGGUCAGCUGUUUUACCUUUGGAUGUUGCAAAAACCAUUAUUCAGACUGCUCCAUAUAAAAGCUCUCCAACACAUCCUUUUCAAGUUUUAAAUUCGAUUUACAGGAGGGCUGGACUUAGAGGAUGCUAUGCAGGCCUGGGUCCUACAAUAGUGAGAGCUUUUCCUGCUAAUGCAGCUGCAAUAGUCACCUGGGAGCUAGCCAUGAAGCUUCUCGGAAUCAAGAACGACUAAGGAAGUUAAUUAAUUCAUCUAAUUGGCUUCUAACUUGAUGUUAUAUUUACCUUGGUAGCUGAUCUUUACUGCCAACAUCUAAGCAUACGCUGAUCCUUGGGUUUUAUUGAUAUGAUCUUGAAGCUUGAGUUUUAGAAGAAAGGGUGCUUUCACUUGUUUAUGCAAUAAUGCAAUAUUUGAGAGGCUGAAACAAUGGAGGCCUUUCAUUAAGUUAUCCCAAUUCUUUUCCUUGUGGGUUCUUCUUGUCUUUCUAUUAGCAGUGUAGCAAGGAUUUCACAAGUGUAUUGUUGUCUGGUUGAGGAUGCUCCUUAAUCCAAACCAAGGAACUGAUGGUUAAACCUUAAAAUUUAUAAACUCUGUAGAAUGAUCAUUGGACAAAUUUGUGUUAGGGAGUGCUAUAUGUUUUACUUUUAUUGAUUGGCUACUGCCGUCUGGUGGCCAUUGAAUUGCUUAAGGUUGUACACUGUUCCUGAUACCAACCUCACCUUCUCCACUUGUUCUCUACCUUCUGUCCUCCCUUACCUCUGUGACAGAAGUUUUUGAGACUCUGAGUUCUGCUGUGCAUUGAUACAGGAAAAAUAAAUGUGAAUAUAUAGGUAGUGUCCAUCAUCCAAUGGUUCCAAAUUUAAUUUUGUUCAUUCCAUUUGGUCUUGAGCUAGAUAAAGAAUAACUAGUUUAGCCAGUCAAAUCUUGUGGUUUCGAUGUUAGAGCAGUUGAGGCCGAGUUUUUCCUUCCUUUCAGGUAGAAGGGCCGGUGUUUAUAUGGAGGUUGAAGGAAACCAAAAAAAAAAAAAAAAAUGAAAAGGAAUUGGAAUUCUACAAAAUUUGCUAAAAUACAGAAUUGUGAAAACAAGA